UUCCGCCCUGCAAUCCUUCUGUCCAUUCCCAGGUCGCCUGGGCUGUGUCCUCCAUCGCGCUCAUUCCUCAACCCGCCAUGAUCUCGUGAUUUGUACGACUGAUCCCUACGACCACGCCCAAACCGUCAACUUUACCGAACCAAGGAGGGAGCUCAGGGAAGCUCGCUCGCCGUCAUGUCACAACCACCACCCUCGUCUGCCCCGAGGUCUGAGGAGCCCGACCCCAGAAACAGCCUCCGCCACGUCCUGUCCUUCGAGCCCGCCGCAGACAUGCACGACACGCCCACGCCGCCCGUCAAGUCCGAAGCUGGCACCACCGCCGCCCCACCGACCGACGAUAAUGAUACCCAGGACGAGCGCCCGUCGACCAAGUCAAAGGCGCACAACCCCGACGAGCCCAUGUACACGUCGACGACCACCACAACCCGGCGCAAUGCCAACGGCAGCGUCUCGUCCGUCUAUUCGGGCAACAAGAUACGUCAUCUUAAGAAAGAGGACGGCGUGCCUCUGUGGAGGAAGGACAUCCAGUACGACUUUCUGCGAUGCGUCUUUGAUGACCAGACGCGUGUCUUCCACAAGGUCUCGGACGGCACCGGUGGCCACACGUUUGCCGACAUUUACCUCGACGCCAUGGCCAAGAGCAGCAAGUGCAGCAAGAUUCUGAAGGACAAGCUGCUGACCGAGCGGGCGGCUGCCAUCAACAUGGCCAUGGUGUGCCUGCUGGUCAAUGUCGGCAGGAUGAACACGACCCUCAACUUUUUCCCAGAGAUGCGCGCCCAGCUGCGGACAUACCACUCGAUCCCGUCGCUGCAGGCUCACCAGGAUCCGAACGCGUACAAACAAUUGCAGGAUGCGCCGCGGCUCAAGUCGAUUCUGAAGGGCGCCACCGAAGACACGCAACAGCCAAGCACAAUCGAAGAGAUUAGGGCCGCUUCUGUGCCGCGUACAAACCCGGUCAACCUUAUCUUCGUCCUCGCGCAAUACGCGCCAAAGAUAUCGGAGCUGCACUUCUUCCCUCCGCGCGACUUUUUCGACCUGGUCAUGCGCAGCGCACUGAGCUCCGACAGCAGAGCCAAGGCAUUUCUCUGGUUGAUGUGGUGGUACUUGGAGAGUGAUUUCUCAGAACACGACGCCAUGAAUAACCCGUUCGGACCCGGCCAGCCGGGUCUCGCGGGCGACCCCACUCAAGGCCUGCCGAUCAAGACACCACCAUUCAAGCACCUCACCGAAGAAGAAGCCGCUUUCGAAAACGUUGACACUGAGGAAGAGAAGCAGUUUGGAGAGGAAAAGCGCAAGGAGAGAAUAGCAAUUCUCGCUACGGACAUGGCUCCCGUCGUGACGGGCCCCAAGCGCGGGCUCAAGAAGGGUUUCAACAACAACCCAGUCUUCUCCGUCGCGUCAGAUGAUGGUUCCAUGACGCCCGGACGCGAUCACGGCUCGCCCGCGCCGGGCUCCUUCAGGGCGAGCGGGCGCGGCAAGGCGCCUUUGAAGGCCCUUCAAGCAGACUAUGGCUCCGACACCGACCGCACUCGCUCUGCUAGCCCGCCCAGCGUCGCCGGCGGGCCCUUCCCGCCACGCAUAACCCCCAACAUGCGCAUCAACAACCUUCUCAACGACGACUCUCCUUCGACACCGCAGUCGGCACCGAGAGGCCCAGGUCGUGGCAACUGGGGCCCGCGCAACAAGGGCACGCCGUCGACAGCCGGCGGCAGCACAGCACGGCACCCCUUCAAGGCGGCGCAAGACUCGCCAGCCGUUCCCAUCUCCAGCGGCCCACACGGCUUCUACCUCCCGCUCAACGGCGCGGAUCCCAGCGCGAACCGCAAGCGGCCUCCCACGGCGCACCAAGUGGCCGUGGAGCGCUACCGCAAGCAGCAAGUCGACCACAUCCUGGACCGGCAGCUGCGCACCGCGCACAAGGCGGCGAGCCGCAAGCGCCAGCGCGAGGGCGCCCUCGCCCGUGCGUGGAAGCGUCUCAAGCUCAUGGGCGACGGGUACGACUCCGAAGAGGAGUACCAUGCCGCGCUCUCAGCGGCCGAGACCAGCCUCGGAGGGUCGGAGAGCCCGAUGCGGGCGGGAGCGGCAGCAGCAGCAGCUGUGGCUCGGCUAGAGGCGACAAGGCUAGCGGGGUUGACGCCCUUGGCGGGCCGGCUAGAAGGGGAAGACUGCGGCGAGGAGAUGGCGCACUGGGCGCAGGUGUUCCGGCGGACAGGGCGAAGAAUGGAGCGCUGGGAGGGAGGUAGUGGCGUGGGCGACAUGGCUGAUGGCGCCGUCGCUUUCGGCCCCGGCGGCCAGCCGCUCCCGCCCCCUGAGCCGUCGUCGUCGUCGUCGUCGAGGCGCAGAGCCAGGCGCGAGCGCGGCGCCGGCGCCGCCGCUCCCGGCAAUAAUCCCCUGGGCACCCCGAGCGGCGCGCAGGAUCUGGUGUGGGUGGGCGAAGACGCGGGGACAGCGGCGGCGGCGGCCGCCGGCGUGCACGCGGGCUCCGAGGAGCUGCGCCGAAAGGGCGUCGUUGCCGGCGUGGGCGUUUUAGGUGGUGGUGGUAGUAGUGGAGGGAGAGGCCGUCGCCCCAGGGCCAGGACCGCGCAGGAGGCGCUGGCGGCGCAUUACGCUGCUGGUGCGGGCGAGGCGGAAAAGCCGGGCAGGAGGGAGUACGCGCCGCAGCAGCAGCAGCAGCAGGGUGGGCACGCGCAUGGGCAUGGGCUUGGGCUGGGACUGGGGCUUGGACACGCGCAGCAGACGGCGUCGCGGCUGAACACGCCCAGCGCGGCGAGUGCGGCGAGCGCGGCGAGCGUCGAGCCUGAGGGCGUGGGCAUGGGGCUCGGUGGCGGUGUCGGUGGCGGUGUUGGUGUGGGUGUGGGCAGAGCGUCGCUUCCUCCACGGCCGUCGGCGUCGGCGGCAGAUGAGGACGAGGUCGAGGUUGAUGAUAGGGACGACGAUGAGGUCGAGAUUGAGGGGGAGGGCGAUGAGGAUAUGGGUAUGGGUGUGGGUAUGGGAGGGGUGGGAGAUGGGGAUGAAGAUGAAGAUGACGUGGUUGCGGAUGAUGAGGAUGAGGCUAUGGAUGAUGAGGGGGGGAGUGAUGGGGGGGAGUGA